GCUUACAAGGGGGGCCAACUAGUUUGAUGGAAACGUUUUAAAGGUUUCGGAACUAUCAAUAUUUGGCCGAUACUUGUAUUUUUUUCGUUUCGUUAUUUAAAUUUGAGUCAGUUUCACGAUGAUGAAAGGUGGUCUCGGCGGCGGUUCAAAGAAAGAAGGAAAAAUGCGAAUUCGUGCAUUCCCUAUGACGAUGGACGAGAGGUAUGUGGAAAAUAUUUGGAGUUUACUGAAGAAUGCCAUUCAAGAAAUUCAGAAGAAGAAUAACUCUGGUCUCAGUUUUGAAGAACUUUACCGAAAUGCAUACACAAUGGUUCUACACAAACAUGGAGAGAGAUUGUACAAUGGCCUUAGAGAAGUUGUUACUCAUCAUUUAGAAUCUAAAGUUCGUCAAGAUGUGCUGGCUUCCUUAAACAACAAUUUCCUUCACAUUCUAAAUCAAGCAUGGAGUGAUCAUCAAACAUCUAUGGUUAUGAUUCGUGACAUCCUCAUGUACAUGGACAGAGUUUAUGUUCAACAAAAUAAUGUUGAUAAUGUUUACAAUCUUGGAUUGAUAAUUUUUCGUGAUCAAGUUGUUCGUUAUGGAGGCAUUCGUGACCAUUUAAGGCAUAUUCUUUUGGAAAUGGUUGUCAGAGAGCGUAAAGGAGAAGUUGCAGAUAAGCUUUCUGUUAGAGCAGCUUGUCAAAUGCUCAUGGUGCUGGGUAUAGACAGUCGAGCUGUCUAUGAAGAGGAUUUUGAAAGACCUUUUCUUUCUCAAUCUGCAGAAUUCUACAGGUCUGAGAGUCAGCGGUUUUUAGGAGAGAAUUCAGCUUCAGUUUACAUAAAGAAAGUCGAGGCGCGCAUUAAUGAAGAAUCGGAAAGAGCCAAACAUUAUUUGGAUGAGUCGACCGAGCAGCGUAUUGUUGCAGUAGUUGAAGAGGAACUUAUACAGAAACACAUGAAAACGAUUGUUGAGAUGGAAAAUUCUGGUGUAGUACACAUGUUAAAAUGUCAGAAAACUGACGACUUACACUGCAUGUACAAGUUGUUGGGUCGUGUAGCGGAUGGUUUGCGAACCAUGGCUAGUUGUGUCAGCGCGCAUUUACGAGAAGAAGGCAAAGCACUGGUUAAUGUCGACGAAUCCGGUGCCAAUGCAUUGAAUUUUGUCCAGAGUCUAUUAGAUCUUAAGGAUCGCUAUGAUACAUUUCUGGGAAAAUCCUUCGUAAACGAUCCAAUCUUUAAGAAAAUGAUCUCUUCAGAUUUUGAAUAUUUUCUUAAUUUGAAUUUGAAAUCUCCCGAAUAUCUAUCACUCUUUAUCGAUGACAAGCUCAAGAAGGGCGUUAAAGGAAUGACAGAGCAGGACAUAGAACUGGUGCUCGACAAAACCAUGGUUUUGUUCCGUUUUCUCCAGGAAAAGGAUAUUUUCGAGCGUUAUUAUAAACAACAUUUGGCCAAGCGCCUGCUGCUGAACAAAUCUGUUAGCGAUGAUAGCGAGAAGAACAUGAUUUCUAAGCUGAAGACUGAAUGUGGGUGUCAAUUUACCUCGAAAUUAGAGGGCAUGUUCAAGGAUAUGUCUAUCUCCAACAUGCUCAUGGAAGACUUCAAAAAUCACAUUCAAACUUCUGGGACCUCCCUUUACGGAGUGGACUUGAGUGUUCGCGUACUAACAACUGGAUUCUGGCCAACACAAUCGUCAGCUACUUGUACACUACCAUUGGCACCACGCAACGCUUUUGAGGUCUUUCGUCGAUUUUAUUUAGCAAAGCACAGUGGGCGACAGUUGACGCUACAACCCGCUCUAGGGUCGGCUGAUCUGAGCGCAAUCUUUUAUGGACCUAGACGAGAGGAGUCUGAGACAAAAGAAAAAGCUGAUGGCCCCAGCUCGUCAACACCCUCGGCAUCAGCUAAUGGACCGCGAAAACACAUAAUCUCCGUUUCAACCUAUCAGAUGUGUAUUCUUAUGCUGUUUAACACCCGAGAUAGGCUAACUUACGAAGAUAUCAUGAAUGAAACUGACGUUCCGAAAAAAGAUCUGGAUCGUGCAUUGCAAUCGCUUGCGAUGGGCAAACCGACUCAACGCGUUCUUGUCAAAAGUCCCAAGGGUAAAGACAUCCUCCCGAGUUCUAUCUUUGCCGUCAACGAUAGUUUCACGUCAAAACUCCACAGAGUGAAGAUCCAGACAGUCGCAGCCAAGGGAGAAUCAGAGCCUGAAAGAAAAGAGACGCGUUCCAAGGUCGACGAAGACCGAAAACACGAAAUUGAAGCAGCCAUUGUACGCAUUAUGAAAGCAAGAAAAUCUAUGCAGCACAACUUGUUGGUAAGCGAAGUUACUGAACAAUUGAAAAGCCGGUUUCUGCCUUCGCCAGUUAUCAUUAAGAAACGAAUUGAAGGCUUAAUUGAACGUGAAUACUUGGCUCGCACUCCUGAGGACAGGAAAGUGUAUACAUAUGUGGCCUAGUUCAAUUCGAGUUUGCUUCCUUAAAAUUAAACUGGUUUUCCCAAUUGCCUAACUGAAUUUUCGAUAAGACAUUGGUUUGCUGCGCGAUGAUUUUUGUAAAUAAAGUUUUUCGCUAUUGGAAAAACAUGUCUUGUACUCUUGUCCUCAAGUUAAGUUUCAAUAAGAACUAUGAACCAACUUUAAAAUUGGAUGAAUGAAUACAACAUAACUUAACGUUUGA